AUGCGCUCUGAGGAUGCUCAACUCAACUUCCGAUUCAGUUUCAACGAAGAAGAACUCAAAUCAUGUUUGACCCAAACAAACGCCUCAGCUCUAAUCACAUUUUGAGGGACAACUUCUAGUGUUAUAUCGUUUCGUGUUAUUGUCGUGCCUCUCGUUUAUCGAAAUGCAGUUUCAGUAACGUGUAAAUAUGAUGCUGUUGAGAUGUUUCCGGUGUCUGACAGCGGUCAGGACCAGAAACAGGCUGGUCGGUACCAGAAGCUGCUCCUCGGUUCAGAGUGACGUCAGGGUCAGGUUUGCACCCAGUCCGACAGGUUUCUUGCACCUCGGAGGCCUCCGAACUGCUCUCUACAAUUACAUCUUUGCCAAGAAGUAUGGAGGCUCGUUCGUCCUGCGACUGGAGGACACUGAUCAGAGCAGGCUGGUACCAGGAGCUGCAGAGGCCAUAGAGGACAUGCUGGAGUGGGCCGGUGUACCUCCAGAUGAGAGUCCUCGUCGAGGUGGAUCGGUGGGUCCAUACCUGCAGUCUCAGAGACUGGACCUGUACAGUCAGACGGCCCAGCAGCUUGUCGAGAGCGAUCACGCCUACAACUGUUUCUGCAGCUCUCAGAGACUCGAGCUGCUCAAAAAAGAGGCCUUAAGGACCGGUCAGACGCCGAGGUAUGAUAACAGGUGUCGUCACCUUCGGGCCGAGCAGGUCCAGGAGAAACUGGCUCAGGGAGUGCCGCAUGUGAUCAGGUUUCGUCUGGAAGCAGGUGUCGAGCCUUUUCAGGAUUUGAUCUUUGGACGGAAUCAUCAUGAGGUGGCCCAGGUGGAGGGGGACCCUGUAGUGAUGAAAGCAGAUGGUUUUCCCACCUAUCACCUUGCUAACAUAGUAGAUGAUCAUUACAUGAAGAUCAGCCACGUGCUGCGGGGGUCAGAGUGGCUCAUCUCCACCUCCAAACAUCUCCUCAUGUACCGCGCUCUUGGAUGGCAGCCGCCCACCUUCGGACACCUGCCGCUCCUGAUGAACAAAGAUGGCAGUAAACUGUCCAAGAGGCAGGGGGAUAUAUUCAUUCAAAGCUUCCAGAGAGACGGAGUCUUGCCGGAGGCUCUGCUGGACAUCACAACCAACUGUGGGUCUGGAUUCAACACCAAUCGUAUAGGACGGAGGAUAGAUGAACUGAUCUCUGAGUUUAAUCCUUCAAAGAUCACAUCACAUUCUGCUCUGUUAGACCUGGAAAAACUACCAGAAUUCAACAGAAUUCACCUGCAGCACCGUAUUGAAGACGAGGAGCAGUGUCGUUUGCUGAUAAAAGAUCUGCAGGGACAGAUCCAGCGGGCCUGUACGGCAGAGAUCCAGGAUGAAGAAGUACUACAUGAGGAUUACAUCAGGCGGGUGCUACAGCUUCGUAAGGGUCACAUAUCCUCCCUUAAGGAGCUUGUAAGUCCUGUUUACUCUUACCUGUGGGUUCGUCCUUCCGUCUCCAGCCAGCAGGUGGCAGCACUCACUGCAGAGGCCCCGCACAUUGCUUCAUUAGUGCUCAAAUUAAUAGCAGAGCGAGGUGAGGAGCUGGCGGUGGAUCGACUCAGUAAAGAUCUGAAGACUCUGACGAAGCAGGCUAAAGCCACCAAGUACAGAGAAGUGAUGAAGCUGUUACGUCUGGCUCUCAGUGGUCUGCAGCAGGGCCCCAGUGUAGCUGAGAUGAUGGUGUCUUUGGGGCCUGCAGAGAUCAGCCAUCGAUUCCAGAAGCUGCUUUCAGAGACGAGUUAAAGACUGGACAGCCUGUCUCCUCACAGACACCUGAUGAAGACGAGCUGCUCUUAAAGAUGUGGCCUGUAUGUUGAGUUACUUAAAACCACCUGAUGAUUCUGCCAAAGCUAACAGGGACACAUUUAAAAUGAACUGCACCCCACUGAUGAAUGAAUACUACUUGAAUUAUUAUAAAUAUUUUAUAAAAGAGAUGAAAGAGA